CUUUCUUGAGCUGGAACGAUGGAAUGGACUCCAGCAAAGGAGCAGCAAACUGGACCACUCUUGGCCCUCCUCAUAUACUACGAACCUCACGUCUCGCUCCAAAACCCUGUCUUUGAUUUCUGUGGUUCCCUGUCUUACUCUGUUGCCUUCCUUCUUCGCGAGGUCCUCCUUUCUCCCCGUCUUCUCUCGCGAAAUGGAAAGAAUGAUGACCGCUUAGUAUGCUGCUUCAACAAAAGAGCUGCCUUGCUCGUCAGGGGAUUCUCUCGUUCUCUUUCUUGGUCUUCCGCCAAUGACUCGGAGGAUGGCGGUGGCGUGGGGGCCAGGGACGACGAGGAAGAGGCGUGGCGAACUGCGGAUGAAGCAAGAUGGUUGGGACUCUUGCCGGGGUAGUUAGUGUCCCUUGGAUUCGUUUGGCAUUUCCUGCGGAGCAACUUCUCUUCCUCCAUUGCUUUGUUUAUCUUCAAGUUGCCAUCUUGUGCCCUCUUCUAGUUCCGAAUUAGGGUUUGGAUCGACGCGCUGAGUUCGGCAUUGCGAAGAACGAUGCCUCUUCCUUUGAGAGAAGUUCUGAGGCGGUUCUGCGUUGAGGUUGGGUGGUCGUACGCGGUUUUCUGGAGAGUUAUCCCCAGCGGAGAUCAGAUGCUGUUGAAAUGGGGAGAUGGGCACUGUGAGCGGAUAGUUGAAGGCACUGAUAUUUCUAUAUACCAGAAUCCUACUGAAGGAAAUGUCAUAGAACAUAUUUGUCGCUCACAGAAUAAACUUAGCACACUCGUUAACACUGUUAUGGUAUCCGAGGUCCAUGUCAUGGGAGCAGGGAUUGUUGGAAAAGCUGCUUUAACUGGCACUCAUCAAUGGAUAUUUCAAUGUGACCUUAAUGACUAUUGUCUGGUAUUGGCUGAGUUGAACAAGCAAUUUUCUGCUGGCAUACAGACUUUAGCAAUUAUUCCUGUACCAUCACAUGGUGUCCUACAAUUUGGAUCAGUUAACAUGGUAAUUGAGGACAUUUCUUUCGUAAACUUCACAAGGGACUUGUUCACUCUGACCAGAUAUGUUCCUGCAGCUAUUUUAUCUGAUAUGUCUAGUAGUUGCCUGAAUGAGAAGGUCCCAGAAUAUGAAUUUCCUGCUCUACCUCCUGACCAAUCUGUAUAUAUUAAAUCCAAUCAGUUCCAUUACCAACAUGGUGAUGCUUCUGCCUUGGAAUCAGUUAUUCAAUUGUAUUUGGAUACAUAUUUUGUUCUGACCAAACAGAACAGCUCAAGCCUGUGGAUGCCUCUUCAUGACAUUUUUGGACAAGGGAAUACACCAUUUUCCCAUUUUAUUGAACUGGAAUGUUGGUCUUCAGGUAGUCAAAAAAGAAACAAAUUGCCAGAUAUAAGGUGGUUGAGGAAUGCCAAUCCUCCAGCUGAUGAUGAGACACACCUAUGUUCUUGUAGCUCAAUGGUAAUGGAAGAACCUCUGUUGGAUGCAUCUUGCAGUAGAUCACAGGUCGUAGACACAAAGAAUGGAUCUAGAUUAAGUAGCUCAGUAAUCACUCAACUGAAAUCUUUUGUAAGCAUGUGUGCUUUCCCCCUUGAUGGUUUAAAUACUAGAAUGCAUUCUGAGAAAAUUAAAACAUCUGCUAUCAAUAAGCAGCAUGGAUUGUCGGUUGCUAAAGAAAUCAAGAAUUGCUGUACAGUUUCAACUACUGUGGAAGCAUGUCAAAAUUUGAAUCCCGCUAAUUAUCCAGUAGGUAUUGAAAUGCUUUCAGAAAAUCCAAAGUCCAGAACUCAUUCUUUAAUCAAGAUGUUUAAGGCCACUGGGAUGACAGGAAAGCAAAAAAUGGAGCAAGAUGUAUCACAGGAUUUAGGUGUCCCAUGCAGAGAGAAGCAAGACUACUGGUGUAGAAAUGUUGGUGCAUCUUCAGAGGUUGUGUCUCAUUUAUAUGAAGAAAGCUUAUAUGUAGCAUCACAAACUGAUAACAGAGAUGAUUUUCUUGCUAAAUUGGAUUUUGAUAGUAUGUUUGAACCACUACACUGUUCUUUGAUUGAUUACAUUUCUGACAAACGAAAUUCUCAUGAUGCUGAUAUGGAUCAUUCUGCUUACAUCAGUCAGUUCAGUAGUUGUCACAAUGUUGAUGCAUUGGGUAAUCUGGUUUCUUGCAAUGUGAAGCCUGAAGAAACCAAUCCAGACCAGCUUUUGGAUGCAGUAAUUUCUAAAUUUAAUUAUUGUGCUAAAGUACAUGCCAUGUGGUCAUCACCAGUACAAUUUCCUGGUGAAUCAUUUGGUGUUUGCAUACCUAUGAAGGCAGAUGGUGCAGAAUCAGAUAUAUCUGCAUCUAUUACUGACAACGUUGGAGGAAUCUAUGCCAUUAAUUCAACUUGCCGAUCUCAACUCUGUAGUCAGAGUGGAAAUUGCCAAAACACAAUUAAUGACAUUGUUUCACCUAAAAAACGCAACAAUGCUGGUGAAGCAGGUCAGUUUGUUAGGAAGAGAGUGAGGCCUGGACAGAACCGAACAAGAUCGAGGCCCAAAGACCAUCAGCUGAUCCAGGAUUGUCUUGAUGAACUAAGAGAAAUAGUGCCUGAUGGUGAAGAGUGUACCAUAGACACCUUACUGGAUAAAACCAUCAAGCACAUGCUUUUUCUGCAAAGUGUGAUUAAUCACACGGAGAAAUUGAAGAAAUCUGGAGAACCAAGGAUCACCAAAGAGGAAAGAGGAUUGCUCUUGAAAGACAACUUUGUGGGAGGUGCAACAUGGGCCUUUGAAAUUGGUAGUAAAUUCUUGACGUGCCCGAUCAUAGUUGAGGAUAUCGAUUCUCCUUGUCAAAUGCUUGUGGAAAUGCUGUGCGAAGAGCAGGGCCUUUUUCUGGAGAUAGCUGACUUGAUUCGAGGAUUAGGACUGACCAUAUUAAAGGGGGUAAUGGAAGCACGAAAUACUAAAGUUUGGGCCCGAUUUGCAGUCGAGGCAAAACGGGAUGUGACAAGGAUGGAAAUAGUUUUCUCUCUAAUACCUUUGCUGGAACCAUCUGAGGGAAGCAGCAACAUAACACAAGGUGAUGGCGGUGUGGAUUACAGGUGAGGGAUUAGUCGCCCUCCUGUUGAAUGCAUAUUGAUGCUUCUCUAAGUUUUUUGAUUGCUCUUUGAUUUGGUCCCUCCAAUAAUUUUGUAAUCGCCAUUAUUUGACAGAUGUAGUGGGUGAUCGGUAGAUGUUUUUAUUGUUUGUUUCCUUACAAGUUUGGAAAAAGGUGUAUAAAGCAUGCAGUCUUUUUUGUUACCCUAAACGUGUCCCUUUCUCUGACAAUUCUUGUAUGUCAUGAAGUCUUUUUGUUACCUUAAACGUGUUCCUUUCUCGGGCAAUACUUGUAUGCACUUUACUCCAGAGCACAGAAUAGGAUGGGCCAUAAGAGAAAGGAAAAAACGUUAAGACUAGCUUAAUUUUCCAAGGAAAAGAGGCAUAAAAUUUAAAUCGUUCAUGAGAA